CGAUCUCAUGGCGGGCACACCCGAUGCCUCCAUGGAGGAAAUCCUCUGGCGGUCCCCGCCCCACGUCCAGAUGAUGGGAGGAUACCUCCACUCCAACAACAUUCUUUUCUACUUUGCAGAGUCGCCAUUCUUUGACCCAACAUCCAACAACGCCUCACUUGCCAUCCAAGCAAACUACAAUGAAGCUUUCCGGCACUUUGUCGAGACGCGCGAGGCCUUCGAGGGCCGGUUAAAGACUAUGCAGGGCUUGGAAUUCGUGGUUUCAUAUGAUCCCAUCCAGGCAGCAGCACAACCUGAUGGUCGAUUUGCGCACGAGCCGUCAAACAUUUGGGUGAUUCGCAAGCAAAACCGGCGCAAGAGGACCGGCCUGGAAGAUGAGGUGGUAGUUUUAUCAACGUACUUUAUCGUCGGAGACUGCAUCUACAUGGCCCCCUCGGUUGCGAGUGUUGUGGGGAAUCGCAUCCUGUCCGCAGUUACGUCUCUCACCAGCUUGCUAAAGACAGCAUCUACACUACCUACCUUCACCCCGUCCCACGGCCAUACCUACAUGCCGCCUGCGCUCAAACAAGCCGAUGCAAGUCAACCUGGCACGCAGUCGCAGCAGAGCAAGGAGAACACCCCAUUACCGGACGCCGAUGCAGCUGGCAAGGCCUCGCUCGUUGGCUCUUCACAGGUUGUCGGCACUGGUUCGAGCCUGCAAGACACACGAACACUCGCAGAGUCAUUCAACCUGCUCCGAAGGUAUGGGGAGGAGUUUAUGGACGAGCAUCCGUUGGUGGGAGAGCCGGGAUCGUUCAUCCUAUCCCGUGUCAAUGACACAGACCGAACAUCAGCAGCGAAACCACCAGCCCCUGCCGCGAAGGUUGGAACGCCGCAGGUCCGGGUUGAUACGCCAGGGAAGGUAUCAGAGAAGGGGGCGACGCCAUCGGGAUCAGAGGAGAAUAAGAUGCGGAAGAAGAAAACUAAGGUUGGCAGUUGA